AUUGUCUUAAUCAUAGUUAAUAAUGGGUUGUUGUUCAUUCAAAUUGUAUACUGAUGAGAAAGGUAUAAUUAAAAGUAAAAUAAGCAAUAAUGAAUCAUGAAAAUGAUAAAGAUGAAGUUUAGGAAGGACUGGAAUUUGUAAAUGAAUAGCGUAAAGGAAAUUCUAAAAUAAUAAUUGAAUAAAAAGAAACAAAUUUUAUAAAAUCUAAUUCAUCAUAAAAAGAAUAGGGAAAUUCAAGAGAUUUUGAAUAAUAGUAGUAAUUUUAAGUAAAAGAUAAAGAAGGAGAUACAGUAGAAUUUGUUAAAAAAACUAUUAGUGGAACUAUGAAAUUGACUCCUGAGAUGUUGGUGAGAAAGCAAUGUAUAAGUGAAAAGUUUUUAGCUCAUUACGAAAUAGUCAAAAAAUUAGGUUAAGGAGGAUUUGGAGAAGUAUAUUUAGUAAAACACUUGUAAACAGAGAAUUUAAGGGCUGCAAAAGUAGUUUUAAGAAAAACAAUAAAUUGUGAAGAGAAAUUAUUAGAAGAGACAGAAAUUUUAAAGACAUUAGAUCAUCCUAAUAUAGUAAAGGUAUUAGAAAUAUUUGCUGAUUUUAAAUAUUAUUAUAUAGUAACUGAAUAUUGUUAAGGUGGUGAAUUAUUGGAAAGAAUAAAAACAAUAACAAAUUACAAUGAGAAUUUGGCUGGAAAAUAUAUGAAAUAAAUAUUUUCAGCAAUUUAAUAUUGUCAUUAGAAGAAUAUAGUACAUAGAGAUUUGAAAGUAUGAAUAUAUAGAAUAUAUAUAUAUAGCCUGAAAAUAUUUUAUUUGAUUCAAGAGAUAAAGAUGGAAAUUUAAAGGUAAUAGAUUUUGGAGCAAGUGAAAAGAUGAUAGAUUAAUCAUUUUUAACAAAAAAAAUAGGAACUCCAUAUUAUGUAGCACCAGAAGUAUUAUCAGAUAAAGGAUAUGAUGAAAAAGUAGAUGUAUGGUCAUGUGGAGUUAUAUUAUAUAUUCUCUUAAUAGGAAAACCACCAUUUAAAGGAGUAAAUGAUAUAGAAACAUUAAGAUUAGCAAGAUAAGGAAAAUUAAAUACUAAUAGUGAAAGAUGGUUAAGAACAAAUGAAUAAGCAAAAGAUUUAAUUGUAAAAAUGAUAGUUGUUGAUCCUAAAAAAAGAAUAAGUAUGUAAGAAGCAUUCAAUCAUAUUUGGAUUUAGAAUAUUUAAUAAUAAAAUGAAAUUGAAGACAUCAAUUUAAUUAAAAAUUUAAGUUAAUUUUCAGCUUAAAAUAAAUUGAGAGCUGCUAUUAUUUAAUUUAUAUCUGUAUAAUUGGUUAAAAAAGAAGAAAGUUAAAAGUUAUUUUAAACAUUUAAAUCAUUAGAUUAAAAUGGAGAUGGAGUUUUAACAAAAGAUGAAUUAUUAAAAGGAAUGAUAAGUGCAGAUAUUGAUCAUUUAAAAGCAGAAACUAUGGCAAAUGGUAUAAUGGAAUAAUUGGAUGUAAAUGAAUCUGGAAAAGUUGAUUUUACAGAAUUUAUAUCUGCAGCAUUACUUUAAUAAUAAAAAAUAACAAUUAAUAAUAUUAAAUAAGCAUUUAGAAUGUUUGAUUUAGAUGGAAAUGGUUUAAUAAGUAAAUCAGAAUUAGAAAGUAUUUUUGGAGGAAUUGAAAUUGAUACUUAAGCUUGGGAAGAUAUUCUAUUAAAAUGUGAUCUUAAUUAAGAUGGAUUUAUACAAGAAGACGAAUUUUUAAGACUUUUAGAAAACAUUUCAUUAUGA